AUGAUUCAGUCGUGCCACUGGGGAUGUGAGAUCCGGUGGCUGCAGCAUCUCCGGCCAUCAGGGAGUUUGUCCGCGAAGCGAAGAAAAGAUGCAUUCAGCUGUCAACGAAGCUACGUUGUUGGAUACCUUAUUUCCCAGCCGCUUCCAACAUCGGAGGCUACGUUCACCACCCGAUACGUGUGGCCGUGGCUGGGCUUGAUCAAGAAAGGCGCUUUGCAAAUAGAGCUGGAUGUGCUGAUUGAGAACGGCGUGCAUCGCCCAGACGUGCACAUCUCGCAGACAAGAAGGUAUCUGCAACAAACUUUAGUUCAGGCGGAAAUCAAGACGAAGACGGCGCCCGAAGCAGAAAAACAGAAGGAAACGGCCCGAGUCAUCGAAAAGGUUAUGCAAUCAUACCGGUCCGAGGUUGAGUACAGCUACAAUGGUCUCGAGGCCCCAAAACUCGCCAUCUGCAUUCAAGGUACUCGUCGUAAGCGUACAAAGCGGAAAGACCAACCAAGGAUGGUGGCAUUGAUGAAUUUCUCGGUUUCUUACCCAGACACCCAAGUCAAAGUAUACCAUGUCUUUUCAUUCGCAAAGAUGUUCGUGUCGUACUUUGCAGGAUCAUUGCAAAUCAUGACCCAGGUUCCUGAGGGCGACAAGGGGUAUCGAAGGAUAAUCAAUCUCACAAUACUGAAGCCCGUGAGUGACCUUCGCACUUUGUGGGUUGAAUCGGAGAUUGCUGAAGAUCAUAUAUCCAUCGUCGCACUCUGCAAAUGA